AUGCCAAAGUGCAGUUGUAAGCAGCAUGACGUCUUUUCUAAGGACAAAGACUAUAAAGUCCACAAAAUUGCAAGUAAUAAAAUUGCAGCAAAAAUUAUUAAGUUGUUAAUGGACAAUGGGUGCAUUACCAAGAGAUGUGUUUAUAUAUGUACAUCGUGUGCAGCCUACGCAGAGAGUAAUUUCAUUUCAAGUGUGCAACAAGAACAAGACAUAUUUGUUAAUCAAGUUGUUACCAUGAUUAAGACUAAUAACAUCUCAGAUGCAAACCUGCAGAAAAUAGCCAGUGCUAUCGGAGAACGGGAGAGUGGUAAGAUCAAGACAGAUAUUAAUGACAAUUUAUGUGGUCAAUACAAAGAUGUUGACUUCCUUAAACAUUGUGAUAUUGACAGCUGGGUGAAAGACAGGGAUGCUGUGUUGACUUCUUUUGUGACAUCUUUAUGUGGGAAAGAUUUUGAUAACAUGUCUUCAUCUGAGAAAACAAAAGUUGUCUAUGCCAUUGAGCAUUUGUAUUCCAUUGCAAUGACAAAUACCAUCUUACCAUUUUCUUUCAGUUUGAAUUUAUUGUCAUAUUAUGUUUCUAGCAGCAAGACAGUUUGUAAUUUAUAUUCAAGUGCUCACCCUUCAGGAAGUUAUUCGUCUGUACUUAAUUGGAUAGAACAACAUUCUCAAAGUUCCAUAGAUGUGCCAUUUCAUAAUGACAUUAUCACAUAUUUUGAUAACAAUCAAGUUCUAGCACGAAACUGGCGGGUAAGAUACGACGCAAAAGCCAUCCUGAGCACCAUCACCACAGUUGUGCAUUUCAGCUUGAAUCCUCCUUAUAAUUUACAAAACAAUGACUCUUUUUCACCACGACUUUGGCUUUACCAAUCUUCUAUUUCAGACUCCAUGCAGAAAGUUUUGGCACUUGUUAAUCAUUAUGAAGACCAUUUCAGAUAUCUCAGAGAAAAUUAUAUUGAAGGCAGAUUGCAGAUUUUGGCAGCACAACGUCGACCUGGUUUGACCGACCCAGAAGACACCAUUUCCAUUUUAUUAAAAAAUGAGAAAAAAACCAAAUUUUCUGAUAAAAGUCGUUGCCAGGUUGAUUGUUAUUCAUUUUUAGAGCAUAAUCAUAAGAACACACCAAAUAUACAUAUGGGUAACCCAAUUUCUGUCAACCCAUGUUCCUUUAAUGCAAUUAAGUCUAUUUUGGAGAAAUUGAAAACAGAAUUAGGUGUACCAGAAAGACGAAAGUGGAGCAUCAUCGGCUGCGAUGGCCUGCCUUAUCUGCUGUGCCAACGCGUUCUGCAGGACAACCCAGAGUUCCAAGAUCUGCUGGUUCAACCCGGUCUUGGACACUUUGAAAUUAAUAUGGCAAAGGCUGUCAUCAAGCUUCUUUGGGAGGUCAUAGGCGUAGACCUGGCGAAACUUCUUGGCUACCGUUCCCCAAAAGCCCUCCAAGCAUGUUUGCAAGCGAACGAUCACCACAAGGCCAUGCAAUUUAUUGAAAUUUUGUUAUUGGGCACAGGAGACGAAUUAUUGCAACCAUACAUACGGCACUGCCAUGACAGGACGAUAGAGCCCUCUGCUAAAGGAUUUUUCGUUUGGUGUCGGGAUAUAAUGGAUCCUAAUUACAAGUUCUUACUGGAAGCCAUAUUUACAUAUGCCCUUGCCGUAUAUCUCUUUCGUGCUGGUGUGCGUCGCAACAACAGCGAUGCGAUUAUGGCAUGCAGGGUUAAGUUCUCGUCUUUGUAUUUUGGCACUGGCAAAACUAAUUAUCAAAGGAUUGAGAUGACUGAUCUCAUGAUGAGAGUUUGUGCCCCUCUUGAGGUCCAUCAGUUUCUGCAGCAACAUGAAACAUUUACCCGUAAGAGUCUUACUAUACAGCACUUUAAAAAAUAA